AUGGAGCUCACCAUCCUUACGGGGUUGGCUUUGUGUCUGGUGGGCCUUUCAGGGGAGGCUAGGCUGACCAUGUGGCGGCUGACCAAGGAAGAGCCAGGGAGGAAGGAACCAACCAAAGAACCCCCACUGCUAGCAUCGGAGCGGCCCGACUUGGGUUCCCGUGAAGGGAUGUUGAGGCCCGUGCUGGAACGAAAGCAUCGAGCAAAGGCUAUGGAAGAGGAGACCGUGCCACCAGGAGCUGGCCACCUGAAGGUCAGGAAAACUCCUAAGGGGGGUGCCCACAGCCAUGGAGAGCUCAGCCAGGCCCCAAGGUCAAGUGGCAAAUCGCCUGCUCGGAAUCACAAGAAGGGGCUCUCUCGGCGUAAGAUCCAUACUCUAAGGCUCAGGGAGCAAGAGGCCAAGCCAAUCUAUCUGAAACCGGAAAUGGGAAAGAAAAGGGAAGGGAAGGUAGAGCCCUUACCACCAGCCAUUAACCAAUCCAGGAAGAACAAGACACUUCCUCUAGAGGUAACUGGCCUCAAAGAAGAGAGGAAGAGCAGGAAGCUAGGAGGUGGGGACUCCAAAAAAGCUGAUCUCAAGAGACAAGAAGCAAAGAAGACGAUCAAAGCUGUCACCUGGCGAUUACAACAGAAGGCUGAAGGCUGGGGUCAGAACACCAGAGACCUGGAGACCAACUGGAAGAAGUCGGGGCCCAGCCGCGGUGACACUCCCCUCCUCCUUCGGCCCAUCAUCUUUCCAUCCCUGGGUCCUACUGAGGAGAUUAUACCCUCCCUCCCAGCCAUGUGCCACUUGUCUGAGGCCAGCAUCUCCUGUGGAAAUGCCAAAAUGAAGGUGAUUCCACCUCUCAGUGACCCAGGCCUCAAGACCCUCUACCUGUCAGAGAACGAAAUUUCCAAGAUCCCAGCUGAGACCUUCAAUGGUGUGCCCAACCUGGAGUGGCUUGAUCUGAGCAAGAACAAACUGGACACCCAAGGCCUGCAUCCUGAUGCCUUCAAGAACCUGACUCGGCUGAAGCGACUGAACUUGGAUGGAAAUUCUCUUUCUGCUAUCCCUGAAUUGCCAUCCUCUCUCCAAGAACUCAAGGUCAAUGACAACACCCUCCGUGGCCUCCAAAGGACCAGCUUCCGUGGACUUGCCAAACUGUUGACUCUGGAAGCCGAAGGAAACCAGCUGCAUGAUGGGAACAUCUAUCCGCUGGCAUUUCAGCCUCUGAAGAGCCUGAUGUAUCUAAGACUGAACCGGAACCACCUCCGAGGCAUCCCCCAGGGCCUGCCUGCUUCCCUGCAGGAACUACACCUUGACAGCAACCACAUUGAAGAAAUAAGUGAGCGUGUGUUGAACAAGUCCCGGAGCUUGAGCCUGCUGGUACUAAGCAACAACCGAAUCCAGGAGGACCACAUUGCCCCCCGAGCAUGGAUCGACCUCCCAAAACUGGAGUCACUGGACCUGUCCCACAACCGCCUAGUCCAUGUGCCCUCCUUUCUGCCUCGCGGGCUGCGACGGCUUAUGCUCCAUCACAACCGGAUUGAGCGCAUCCCUGGCUAUGUCUUCGCACACAUGAAACCAGGCCUCGAGUUUCUGCACCUUUCUUACAACAGCCUGCAAGACGAUGGCAUCCACAGCGUGUCAUUUCUUGGCCUGCGCUGGUCCCUGGCAGAGCUGCUCCUGGACAACAACCAGUUGCAGGCCAUUCCCCGGGGCAUCCUGGGUCUCAAAGGCUUGCAGGUGCUUCGGCUCAGCCACAACAAGAUCAGACACGUGCCUCUGAAUUCUGUCUGUGACACUCGGGUAGCACAGGACUCGAACCUCAUCUCCAUGCACCUGGAGAACAACCUCAUCGAUCGGCGCAGGAUCCCACCCACAGCCUUCUCCUGUAUCAAGGCCUACGAGAGUGUGGUCCUCAAGCCACAGCAGGAUGAGGAGGAGUAUUAG